AUGGAGCAAGAUAAUUCCACGCCCGCUGGUGUCCGGGUUAAUACUAUCGUUCUUGCUUUUACACUCGUUUCUGGCAUGAUUGUAUUUCUGCGUUUAUUUACACGGCUGGUGAUAUCGAGGUCAGCCGGGCUGGAAGAUCUAUGCAUCGUGAUAGCCAUGGUACUGUCGAUAGCGCUCUCUAUACAAACGGCUGCGCAAGUAAUGAAUGGACUGGGGAUGCAUGCCGCAAACCUUCUGCCCAGCCAGCUGGAUGUCAUACUCAAGGCUUUUUGGGCUGGUGUUUGGGUCUACAACCUUGCACUUACCGUCACGAAGGUCGCUAUCCUCGUUCAGUAUCUCAGGAUUUUUCCCCUCAGGUGCUUUCGCAAGGCCUGCCUUUCUGUUUUGGGCUUUGUGGUAGCAUGGGGAACCUGGACGAUUCUCUCAAGCAUUCUCAUAUGCACCCCUGUCGCCUACUCGUGGGACAAGUCAGUCCAUAAGGGACGCUGCAUGAACCAGCUCAUCCUAUGGGUUGUGAACGCUGGUGUAAAUAUCAUCCAAGAUGUCAUCAUCUUCCUCCUGCCCUUGUUCGUUGUUCGAACCUUACAGAUUGCCAAAGCACAGAAGAAGGCUUUGUUUGCGAUGUUUGGGCUGGGUGCAUGUGUCACUUUGGUCUCCAUCGUCCGCCUCUACAGCUUGGACACUAUCGCCAACUCGACUGACGUUCCUUUCGACAACCCAGACCACGCGACAUUGUCCGCAGUGGAAGUCAACGUGGCGAUUAUCUGUGCUUGCUUGCCAGCCAUGCGACCUCUGUUUGCGCUGCUGAUGCCACAAUACUUCUCGUCGGCAGCUCAAUUGAGUAGCUUCCAAGUUCUCGACAUUGAACGCACAAAGGCCGGACAGAAGCCGCAAACCAGCGCUCGGCCUACCACCCGACCCGUCACCACCUAUAGCACGAGACCGAGCACCGCGCGAACGCAUACAGGCUUCUCGGAGAUUCGCCGACCGAACACAGCCACUAGGGCCGACUCUGUACAAGGCGACUUUACUCUUCAACCUCUCAAGCCCACCCUAACUCGCGCCACAAGCGGAGUUGUACCUAUCACGCCCGUCCGCUUUGACAAAGUGUUACCCAAGACACCCUUCCCGGUCGGUUCCAUCCCCAAGAUCGGUGAUGAAUUCCAGGAUUGCACAGUCUACCUCACCAUAUAA